AAUAGGCAGUUGGAACUGGAAAAGAGGCCCAAUAGAGAAAGACCAUCUGCCAAGAUAGAGUUAAUGCAUUCUUGCUUCUCCAGUACCACACCCCCAUACUCCCCCUUCCCACCCUACCCCCAAAGUGCAGUGUGUGUACUGUGUACUUAUGCAAACCAUUUUCUUGAGCUUCUAUUCCAGCAGUCCUGAUUAAAGAAGUGCCACCAUACACCAAAUAUGAACUGCAACACCAACUUCAUUCUGCUCCACUAAUUGGACUAACUAGAGUAUAGAUGGAGGGGAGUGGUCUGAAAGUGAAGAUGCUGAAGAGAUCAGGCAGUAGGAAUCAAAGGUCAAAAAGCUUGAAAGUAAAGCAUGCUCUUUGGAUAUUUGUGCUCCUUGCCAUUUGCAUAUGGUUUCUUUACCAAUCACAUGACAAGAAUGGUGGUGCUUUGGAGAGGAGACCUGCACAAGUGUCUGGGAAUGAUGAGUAUCAAUUAUUGAAGAAGGGGAGGAAGGAGCUGAGACGAGGAGCGGAUGAAGUUGCCGCAGAGGGUCAAAAGGAUGGGGAAGAAGAAGUGGGAGUAGAGGAUGGAGAAAGUAGAGAGAGAGAGGCCGGUGAAGAAGAAAGCGUCGAUCGGGAUGAAGAGAUGGAUGCAGGGGAUAAAGAAAAGAGUGAAGAAACAGAGCAUGAUCAGUUGCUGGAGUUGAUUGAUGAAGAUGACAAGGAUAGGUAAAGAUUGUUAAAGGUUAGGGUGUUCUUGAUAUGAUUAAUGAUAAUGGAGUGAUCGGUGGUGGUGUUAAUCUUUUGAGUUAACUGUAAAUUCUAAAGGUGUUUGGCUGAGCUUGUAAAGCCUUUUAAUAAUAUUUUAUAUAAUGUUCUCAA